AUGGACAUUGUCGCUGCUACAGCUGCAGAAAGCAAAUCCCUUGCAGAUUCUGAGAGCAUGAAGAUGGCGGCCCGAAAGAUCAACCUCCGUGUCAUAACGCUUUAUACUCUCGCCAUGCUUACUGCCUCCUUCCUGGUUCCACGAAACCAUCCAUUUUUGAACGGAAAGGCACAAUCAGUCGGCAGCUCAUCUGUCUUCCUUAUCGCUGUCGUCGAAGCUGGUCUACCCGCCGUUGCCCACUUUUUCAACGCCAUGUAUGUUUUCUCGGCCUUUACCUGCGCUAUAAACUCGAUGUACGUGGCAUCAAGAGUACUACAUACGUUGGCUCUGCGAGAACAAACCGGCCCAAGAUGGCUUACUCGAAGGCUACAAGAAUGCCAUCUGGGUGUACCCCUGAGAACUGUUUUUGCAACAGCUGGUCUGAUGAUGAUUGCAUAUAUGGGUCCCACUGGCGGUCCUGGUCAGGUCAAACGUAAGUACUUCCGCAGGAGCAAUCUUGGGGACCAUCAUUGCUCAAAACUAUGUACUAAUGUGCGUAUCUCCAGACUUGAUGAAGCAAAAACCCUUGGAAACACUUCCCAGGCGCAGUCUGGUUGCUACGAGCGAGACCACCCGCGCUACCCAUACAAAUCUCAUGGCCAAUGGCUUAAAGGAGCAUAUGGGCUAUUUUCUUGCCUCAUCCUUAUUAUCUUUAACGGAGUAGGGGCCUUCCUGGAGACUCCAUUCAACGUCAGGCAUUUCCUUGCCGCGUAUAUCGGAGUGCCCGUGUUUUUCCUUCUAGUUAUCGGCUAUAAAUUCAAGAAACACGGAUUCCACUUCUCGAGAUGGGGCCCUGAACGCUCGAACGAUCUUCAAAACACUGUCCAGGUCACAAGCAAGACCAGGAAGGGACGUUUGGAAUUCCCAGACGAUGGUUUUACUGCAGAGAACGGAAAAACGUUCGUGAAAUGGAUAUGGACAUGGAUGAAAUGA